AUGUUGCCAUGUUCAACUGACCUGCUCAUUCUCCCUCCUGUGCCUGUUCGCCUCCCUAAUCCGGCACCCCUUGGGUUCUUCUCCCAUCCCUACUCCCUUUCCCCACCAGGGAACCCACUCCGCCUGCCUCCCCUGUGGCCCCGGCACCUCGGCACCCACUCCGCCUGCCUCCCCUGUGGCCCCAGCACCUCGGCACCCACUCCGCCUGCCUCCCCUGCGGCCCCGGCACCUCGUCUCUCCCUGGCAGCACGUGCCUCUAUUCGUGGCACCCACUCCGCCUGCCUCCCCUGCGGCCCCGGCACCUCGUCUCUCCCUGGCAGCACGUGCCUCUAUUCGGCACCCACUCCGCCUGCCUCCCCUGCGGCCCCGGCACCUCGUCCCUCCCAGGCAGCACAGCUUGCACUGUUGAUGAAUCCUCAGGUGAUGCUGGAAGAAUGGCAUAUGAGAGAACAACUGUGCCCUGCCUUUAUUCCCGUCUCCGCUCCUCCUUCCCUUCUCUGUUGCGCUCAGGUGAAUCCUCAGGUGAAUCCUCAGGUGAUGCUGGACGAGCAGCACAGAGGAUCCCACAGUCUAGGAGACCGGGUCUCCCUCUUCCCCCUCUUUCCCCUCUCGGACCCUCCAAACGCCACCGACCCCCUUGCCCAGCGCCCAGACCCUAUUCUUGCGCGGAGGGGGCUGGUGAUGGUGCUGGAAGGGGAGAGAUGCCCCUUCUCCAUGCAGGGGGGAGGGGGGGAGCAGAGCAGGUGGGGGAUGGGGGGAGAUGCGGAGAAGGGGAAGGGGAAGGGGAAGGGGAAGGGGGAAGGCGGGGAGGAGAAGUAUGGACGGCUUACGAUCACUUUCAUUUGUGACCCUAAUGCAGGUGAGGGGGGUGGGGGUGGUGGGUGUGUGAGAGUAACAGGAGGGAGAGUGGCAAUGCCACCAUGGGAGAAAAGGGAGAGAAUCAUAUGCAUCGCCUAUAGUUCUGCAAACCAGGCAUCCAACCUUCCGUUUUGCCCCACUCUUGCCUCCUCCUUCCCUCUUCUUGCAGCCCCCAAUCUCCUCUCUUCCCUCCCCCUCCCAGGCAUCGGCCACCCCUCUGUCUGGACAGAAGAAGGCAGGCGGGCAGCAUUCAACGCGUCCCUGCCCUUCCCCGCGUGGACCAAGCGAUGA